AUGCAACUAUACCGGCAGCAUAUCGUAUCACGUCUGUACCUUUAUCCUAGGUUGAGUAACACUGUGAACAACGUGAAGUUCUCAUACCUCCAUGGGCGCGCACUCACCAGCUAUCGCAACCCAUCGCAUACAGCUACUUUCUCCGGAGGUUUUGGUUGGAAUACCUCACCAGCAACGCCAUAUGAAGGCUGGGUAAACCAACUAUCCUGCUAUUCUUGGAUACUGAACCAGAAGCGGGGGCCGAAACUAGCGAAACCACGUGAUAUCAUAAGAUUCUGGAAAAUAAGAGUCGGAGAUGAGGUCGUGGUUAUCAGCGGUAAGGAGAAAGGAAAGCUUGGAGAAGUGCUGGCCUGCGAUAAACUGCGCAAUCAAGUAAAGGUUAAGGGAUGCAAUAUGCGCAAACUCAUUGUCGACGGACAAGUGUUGCAUAUCGAAAAGAAAAUGCAUUACUCAAACGUACAGCUGAUAGAUCCCUUACUCAAAUGCGGAACACGAGUAGCCAUCAGGUUUAAUCGUCAAAAUGAGCCAUUACGGAUCUCUAAGAAGUCCGGGUAUGUCAUACCCUGGCCAGAGGAGAAACCCGAGGAAGAUAAAGAGAUCGUAGAGGGGGAAAAGGACACAUCUCCAGAAGUGGCGGUCGCAAGGACCUACGACUACGAAGCGGAUCUACGCUCCAUGCAACGACUCAGACAAGUAAUGCAAAAGUAUAAUAAAGACAUUUAA